CAAAUCCUAAAUGUCUGUGCAGUACUCAUGGAUCAGUUACAGCAACUAUGUGUUUUUAGGACCAAAUGUUUUGGCUUUUUCAAACAAUUAUUUUUGAGGGUGCUGUAUUUUUUUUUACAUCUUUUUAGGUUAAUUUUAGCAACAUAAGGAGUAUAGCUGUGUGUUUAGAUCUGACAUUAAACAAUGGUUUAUCAUGAAAAGAACAAGUACAAGCUAGCCUCAGGAUUAUGCACUGUCUUCAUGUAUGCUGAUGAAGAAAUUGGAAGCUGUUGUCCUUGAUUAACUGGAGCUUGACAUUUCAUCUAAAAUGAGACAAACAAUUAUCAAUUUUAACUGUAGUUUGUUUGAAAUAAACGAGCUCUAAACUAGAUUGUGAAGAUUAAUGACAGUUUGUGUUUCAGAUAUAUUGCUAACCUGAAAAACAAAAUGGAAGACUGAUCUUGUGAAUAUGUCUGAAGAGAAGGUGGGAACAGAGUGUAGGGGCACAUUACUGCAUCCAAAUGCUGACCAUUAACAAGUUUCAGAUAACUCCUUUCUGCCUUUUACUCAUGAAUUCAUUUCCUCCCUCCCCUCCUUCCCCCAGCACCAAUAUGGGGAUCUUAUUUCUGUAAACUGUGUAGGAUUGUGAUUUAAGACUUCAGUCAGGAGGUCUAUAGUCCAAAGAUGAACUUUUUAAAUACUAGCUGCUUCUAUGAUAUCACUGUAGCUAUACAAUAUAGUUUAGUUGAUAUUGAGGAGUCAUGGUGCAUUCUGCAUUUGGGAUGAUCUCCUUGUCUGUGUUACAGUAUAGUAAGAGGAGGAAAUUGGUGAUCUCUCUGGAUUGAGGAGCACAGACCAGUGGAUGUAUCUAAUAUGGCCGCUUAAUUUUUCCUGAUGACAUGAUAUUGUGCCUCAUCACAUAAUCUGGAUUUCAGCAGUAUUCCCUUUCAAGUUUAAUUGAAUAAAAGGAGCAAUUAUGCAGCGGCAAUACAAAGCACAAAGAGGACUAAAUACUGGACUACUUCUAUUAUUUGGCCAGAUAUAUCAAGUUGGGCUGAACAACAUUCCACCUAUUACAUUUGCAACUUUGGCAGUGAACAUUUAUCUCUUUUUACAACCCCUGAAACCAUUGGAGGAAGUAUGUAUCAGUGUCUCCGAAGGAUUUUACAGGAGAGACUGGCAUCGUUUGUACCUUUCAGCCUUUCACCAUGCAGAUGACUGGCAUCUAUAUUUUAAUAUGGUCUCCCUCCUUUGGAAGGGAAUUAAGUUAGAGAGGAGGCUUGGAAGCAUGUGGUUUGGAUAUAUAAUCACUUUAUUUUCAGUACUAGUUGGAAUUGUAUACAUGAUUUUGGAAUUUACACUUGCGGAACUUUUAGAGAAUCCUUCAUUCAUACAGAGCUGUGCUGUUGGUUUUUCGGGAGUGUUAUUUGCUUUGAAAGUUCUUAACAACUAUUACCAUCCUGGUGGGUCCAGCAGCCUCAUGGGGAUUUAUGUAUCCAACAAAUAUGCUUGUUGGGUGGAACUUAUAGCAAUCCAUUUAUUGAGCCCAGGGAGUUCUUUUGCUGGCCAUCUGGCUGGGAUUCUUGUUGGACUAAUGUAUACCAUGGGACCUCUGAAGACUAUCAUGAAAGCAUGUGCAGGUGGCUUUAUAUUUCCAACUGUCUUUUCACAACAAAGAAAUAACAACAAUCCAGAUUAUAGAUAUUCAGGUUAUGCAUCAAAUACACAAAGAGACUACAAUCCUUAUACUGCUGGGAUGAAUGAGGAAGAACAGGUUGAAUGGGCAAUAAGGAACAGUCUGAAUGACACAGGUAAUAGUGCAAGACAUUACCAUGAUGAGAGGAGACCCUAUGGCUUCUGGCUUCCACCUGAAGAACCAUCACAUGAAGAACUUAGAAGGCGACGACUUCAAAGGUUUGAGAGGUGGUAAAAUUCUCAAACCUCAUCACAUGUAUAUAAAAGAGCUCUUGAAAACUGUCAAAACAGGCUUAUCUUUUUCAUUUAAAGAAUCUCUUUUCAGAAAAGAAUGUUUCCUGCAAGUUGUCUUUCAGGUUGUGCAGAAAAGGUGCUCCUGCUGGAUAUGUGGACUGAAAGUUAAGACUGAUGUUGGUUCCUGCAAACUAUUGUAAUAUUCAUCUUAAAAGAUGUCAGUCUGCCACAGCAGUUUAGCACUCUUCUGUGCAUUUCCUAUAUAUUUUAGUUUCUUGAAUUUCAUGGGAAUUUGAUUAUUGAACUUUUAUACUUUGAUAAAAUAAAUUGUGAUAAUGUAGUUUAAGUAUGUUAUCCAUGAUUGCUUUCCUCAUUAUUAAGUCUUAACCAUUGCUGGAUUUGAUAUAGUUGGAAAGUAAAGCCAUUUGCUAUGCAGCAGUGUUGUAUACAAAUCUAACAGUCAAAGAGAUUAUAAAAGAUGAUUUUCAUUCUGAUUUGGGGUGGGGAAUGUUUUAUCUUUUCAAAUGUUAUUUUCAGAAAAAAAGUUGAUGCUUCAUUGGGCAUUUCUAGACCACCUCUGAUAAUUACAUACUUUAAUGUUUUAAGUAUAUUCCACUUGAAUAUACUUAUUCCUUUUUAAUAAUCAGCCCUAUUUUUUCUUAUCCUGGACACAACCCACUGGAAUUAUCUCCCGUGUAAACCCAAUUGAAAUCAAAAGGAGAUGAGCAGGACCAUUUCUUCACCAACGUCCAUUAACAUUGGUAGCAGAAGUGGUGGCAGGGUUUUCGUUGUGGCCUUACAUUAAUGUGUAUACAGUGUUUCCUCACUACUUCGCGGUUCACUUUUUGCAGAUGCACUGUUUUGCGGUUUUUCAAUAAACUCUAAAAGGCUAUUAUAAAUCAUAAAAAUUACAAUUUACAGCCUAAGGAAGGGAGGAAGGAGAAGCCAAAGGGAGAGAAAAUCAUAGAGCCCAGGCGGCAACGGGAGGAGGAGGCAGCAAUUUAUCAACACACAAUUGGUUGAUAAAGAUUUAAAAUAGUGUAUAACUACUAAAAUAAUGUAUAAAUAUUAAAAUAUAGUGUCUCUACUUCGCGGCUUUUCACUUAUUGCGGGUGUUCCUGGAACCUAAUCCCCGCGAUAAGUGAGGGAACACUGUAUAUGCACUUUUUCCUCGUAUUGCAGAGAAGACCGAAGUCUCUAGUUAUCAGUAAUGCUUCUGUGCAUACUUUGGAGAAACCAAAGUGUAUAGUGCAUUUAUUUGAUUUAGAAAGAAUUCUAAAUAUGGUAUAGUGCUUCAAAAUACCAGCUUUUAUUUGACUCACCUUUCCCUUCUUUAGAACCACCCACCUUUGGUUUCCAAGAUUACUCUAGAUGGCCAUAGAUUCUAAAGGUCGCUUGAGGCUUUGUCUGCAAUGUCUUUGAACUUAGUUCUAUACUUGUUAUGCAUCUUUUAGGAGAUAAGUGACAGUCGUUGUAUAAGUAUGCAAAUAUACAAGUACAGUAGAAUCUCACUUAUCCAACGUUCUGGAUUAUCCAACGCAUUUUUGUAGUCAAUGUUUUCAAUACAUCGUGACAUUUUUGUGCUAAAUUCGUAAAUACAGUAAGUACUACAUAUUAUACUGUAUUGAACUACUUUUUCUGUCAAAUUUGUUGUAUAACAUGAUGUUUUGGUGCUUAAUUUGUAAAAUCAUAACUUAAUUUGAUGUUUAACAGGCUUUUCCUUAAUCCCUCCUUAUUAUCCAACAUAUUCAUUUAUCCAACAUUCUGCCGGCCCAUUUAUGUUGGAUAAGUGAGACUACUGUAUUGGCAUUAUUCUUUUUAUACACAGAAUGCCUGAACUUUGUAUUUUUGUAACAUAAUAUAAUCUAAUUAGAAGGAAGUUCCACUGCUUUUGAUCCUUUCAAUGCAAUUUGAAGCAUAGUUGUAUUAUGUCACAUGGUCAACUACUGGAAAUGUUUGUUAAUUUGAUUUUGUUGGAAUCUACACUUUUUAAGCCUUGACACACCUACCUCUCCAGGAAAUUUUUUUCCAGGAAGUAUGUAUCUAAAAUUAUAUUUCUAAAUAUUCUUAUGGAUAUAGAUAUGUAUCAUUAUCAGGAAACAGUUGGAUGUUAAUGCAGUAGAAAUAGCACUGAAGUAAAAUGUUUUUCUUCUGUAUUUCAUCAGCAGAUCUGCAAGUAAAAUAUCAAGCAUUCAACAUGCAUGGGGUAUUUUUUUGGCCAGGCUUCAAUUCUGCAUGUUGUAAUUUCCUUCCCCAAUUUAAUCCUAAGAGGAAGAAAAUACAAAAUGGGUUUGUGCUUUCCAAGUACUGAGAGCUCUAAACCUUGAAUGUAAUUUCAGGUCAGUGACAGUGCCUUUGAAGUUCUUUGUCCUCUGCCAGAUUUUGCAGGCCUCUUUCCUUAGGAAAUGCUGGUUUCUGUCCAUAUUUUAACUCAGUGCAACACUGGCUUUGGACUACAUUCAGAACAGCAUCUGCGAUGUUUUUGUACCUAGAUUGUUAUUGUUGAAAAGCUCAUGUUGCUAGCAGCUUAUGUUGCUAGCUUUUUACAUUUAUGUCCUUAAGAAAAUAAAUCAUUGUUCUAAUCUUUA